AUGUCCCCCGAGGAGCUGGCCGCCCUGCUCUGCGGGGAAGGGGACGAGCACCUCUCCCAGCAGGAAUUUCCAGCAGCCACCGCUUUUUACCUGGCUGCCUUCAGCUGCUGUGCCCCCACGGCAGUGCAGAGAGUGAACUCGGCGGGUCGCGCGCUCCGGGAGCCCGUGGUGGCCACCCUGGAGGCCUGGUGCCAAGGCGAGGCUCGGAUCCCCAAGAUCCAGAGCAGGAACCUGGCCGUGGUGUCCCUCAGCGUGGGGAUAGCCGCAAUUUUCCUCUCCACCCUGAUCCCCAACAACGCGGUGGCCUCGGCGUACGAGCUGGAGGCUCUGCUCCGGCGAGGGUGCUGGGAGGAGGCGGUGAGCAGAUGCAAUCUGCUGCUGGAGGCUCACCCCGAGGCUCCCAUGGAGCUGCUGCUGCUGAGGGCGCUGGCGCGGGUGCUCUCCGGGACGCAGGUCGGGAAGGGAAUCCUGGAUUACGUCCGAGCCUUUGCGCUGCGCCCGGCUGAAGCGGUGGCCUACGUGUGCAGCAGGCAAAGGGAGCACCUGCCCCGCGUGCUCCAGGCUUUCCGUGAUCACCUCUCCUCGUGGCAGGAGGAGAGCCCAGGCUGCAGCUCCUCGGAGCAGUGGUGGGGCGACUGCUACAGCUUCCUGGCUGCGGUGGCACCGGGGCACGCCUGGGCGCGCAGGGCGCGGGCGGCUCACCUCCUGAAAACGGGCCAGUUCCAGGAGUGCGUGGCUGUCUGCACCAAGGCCCUUGAGGGCCUCUCAGCUGAGAACCUCAGAGGUGAGGACGUUCCGGCUCUGCUCCUGGAACGAGCGGCCGGGUAUUUCUCCCUGGGCGGACGGACGCAGGAAAUGAUGCAGGAUUUAGCUGCGGCCUUUGCAGCAGAGCCUGCCCAGGCAAUGAAACGCUUCGAAGAGCUUUUCUCACCCUGUGAUGCCGAGAAGAUCGAGGAGCAGGUGAGAGCCGCCCUGGAGGGGAGGUUUGCAGCCUACAGGGAGGCUGUGCGUGCUCGGGCCGAGCUCAGGGGCAGUCGUGGCACUGAGCUGCUCCCUCCUGUCAUCCAGACAAUCCAGCUGCUCCUGCACAUCUGCCCAGGGUCCAGCCGGGAGCUCAGCGUCCGCCUGGCAGACUGUCACCUCCUGCAGGGACAGCCCGGGGCCGCCCUGCACAUGUGCGAGCAGCUGCUGGCAGCAGAGCAGAGCACUUACCACAACACCCUGCUGGCACUGCGAGGCUUCUGCUCCCUCCACGCCCAGGACCACCAGGGAGCCCUGCAGGACUUCCAGAGGGUCAUCGAGCACGAUUCCCCACAUCCCAACAGCUGCAUCAAAGCCCUGUGUGGGCGUGGGCUGAUCCGCGUUUCUGGCGGCAGCAAUUUCUUGACAGCCCUGGAUUAUAUCACGGCUUGCCAGUUAAAGCUGGAAGAAACCGUCUUCACCAUCAAGUCCUACGUGCCCUGGAACCAGAGGGGAUUGCUGCUGAAGGUCCUCCAGGAGGAAGGACAGAUGAUGCUCCAGAAGAAGAGGUACCCAGGAGGCAGCUCAGUUUCCUUUCAGAAAAACCAAACAGGGCUGUGCACAUUCCCAACCUUGAAGGUGUUUUACGCCCCUGGGGUUUUCCAGCUGGCUUCUCUCUUGGUGGAGCUGGACAGCUCAGAUGAGGCGUCCCGGAUCCUGUGUGCUGAUGCCCUGUACCAGAUGGGCCGUGGGGAAGAAGCCCACAAGAUGCUGUCACUGGCCCUCUCCAGAAACCCCCAGAGAGCUCCCGUGCUGGCCAGGCUGGCCCUGCUGCAGCUCAAGAGGGGCUUUGUGCACGAUGGCAACCAGCUGCUGACGAGACUGAUCAGAAUUGGAGACUCCUCCUGCCUCCUGCCAAUCCUGGACAUUUUCCAGGACGAGGACCGAAAGCUGCUGCAGAGCCACUGCCGCUGGCGAGCCCUGGCCAUCCUGGAGGGCAAACAGGAGGGUGCUGCCAUCAAAGAGGCCAUUGCCCACCUGUCCUUUGCCAUCCUAGCUGCAGGUGGCUUUGCUGAGGAUUGCCUCCUCACCAGGGCCCGAUGCUACGGGCACCUGGGGCAGAUGAAAACGGCGAUUUUUGAUUUUAACGCUGUCCUGAAGGAGGAGCCCAGGAAUGUGCAAGCUCUGAGCGGCCGGGGGUUUGUUCACCUCGCUCUGAGGCAGCAGAAGGAGGCAGUGCAAGAUCUGAUCUCAGCGCUGAAGCUGGAGGCAGCAGCAGUGAUCCCAGCAAUCCUGUCCUUGGAGCCUGACUCCCAAGGGCUGGUCACUGGGUGGCUCCUCCAGCACGGCAGGGCUGCCCUCACCCAGCUCGUGGCCACCAAAGACCUCCCAGGAGAAGAAACCCUCGGGGACCUUCUCACGGUGGCAAAAGCACUGACCAAGAUCUGCAGGGCUGCACAGCAUCACAUCUUCUACACCGACGUCUUGAUGGCAAGUGGAAGGCACCAAGAGGCCCUCAGGCACCUGCAGGAAGCCUUUGGCCACCGUCCUGCUGAGGACUUUGCCAGGGCUCGCUUGGCUGUGCUGCAGCUGCAGAGCAGGGGCGUGGCGGGGGCAGCUGCCCCGCUCAGUGUCCUGGCCAGGAGAGAUGAAGAGGACUUGGCUUUUCUCCUGAACUUUGUCGACACCAAGCAACAGCAGCAUCUCGCUCAGGCAGCAGCGCAGGAAGGGAAGGUGCUGAUGAAAAGCCACCACCACCAGCAGGCUCUGGGCUACCUCAGCCUGGCUGUGCUGGCCAGCAGGGCCAGCCCCAGGCACCUGAGGCGCAGAGCUGCCUGCCUGAUGCGCCUGGACAAACACGAGGAAGCUCUGAAAGACAUGGCAAAAGUGAUCCAGGGGCACGGCUGCAGCAGCCCAAAAACACGGGCGGGGGAUCACUGCUGCCAGGGCUUCCUGCUGCUGGCGCUGGCGCAGGAGGAGGCAGCAGUGCAGCACUACAUGCAAGCCCUGCAGCUGGACGAGCCCCUGGCCCUGGGCACCAUCACUGACUGCCCGGGCAGGGAAUCUUUAACCAAAACUUUUCACAAAAUCGCGCAAUGUAACUUCGAGAAGCGGCGUUACGAAGAGGCCUGGGAAAUCGCAGACUGGGGGCUUAAAAUUGAUAAAAGUUCCGAGCUCCAGAAGCUGAAAGCAAGACUCAAAAGAGAGGCGUCGAGCUGUAGCAUACAUUGAUUUCUCUGCUCGGGGAUUUUCCAGUCUGGUUGUUUUCUGGGAGGCUGCAAGAGUGAAGGAAAAGGAGAGAGAUGGGAGAUGAUAUUAAUAAAUAUGCAAUAGACGUGACAUUGAAUGUGGGACAGCAGAAUUAGGAGUAGAACGUUUGAGGCAGCAAAAUAAAACUGACCAAGAGAGUAAAUGAGGAAAAAAACCCGCAAUUUGCAGCAUUCAGACUUCCUUAAAAAUAUUGUGGAUUAUGUAAACUCCCCAUUGU